AUGUCAGAAACCCCUAAAGAGAAAUUAGGUACAACAGCCUUUCUAAAAAACAUAGGGAAAACAGUUUUGAAUACAUUAUCUCCUAAACAAUUUAAGCGAACACCAAAAGUAAAAGAAACAAAACCAGAAGAGGCAGAAAAUAGCGAGUCGGAAGACUAUCAAACAGGCAGUUCAGAAACAGAAGACGAAACCGAAGAAGAAUUGCCAGGAAAAGACGAACAACCGACAGACGACACACGUUGGGAAAAUUCAAAUGGGAAAGCAUUAAGGCGAACACCUCCCCCUACAGAGAGACUUUACCCGCAGCUACCUGAGGUUGAAGAGAAAGAGAUUGAAAAGUCAGAAUCAGAAGAAGAUCUACCUGAAAUAGACGAGGAAGAUAAAGAUCGGGCAGAAUUAAAGAAACCGAAAAGAAAGGCACGCAAAGUACAUAUUAAGGGACAGCCACCAACUCGGUGGAGUAGUCGUAACAAACAUAAAGCUCAAGUGCAUCAAGAAGAAGAGAGUAAGCAGACCCAAAAAACUACAGAAAGCAACGAAACAGAAGGAAGAGAAGAAAAAAAUUCAUCAACAGAAGAGGAGAACGAAAGCGAGAACCCUAGUGAUAGUGAGAACGAAGAAAAAGAUAACGAAAAUCUCGCGUCAACAGAGGAGGAGGACGAAAAACCAGUCCGUCGACCAGGGAAAGAAAAAAGCGCAAAAGAAAAAGAAAUAAAAACAGAGAGAAACAGGCCGAUAGCCCCCAGCUAUCACAAACAGUUAGACCUAUCCAUCCAGACAGGGAAGAAACCUUUGGUAGGGGAAACACCGAGAAUGGAUUAUCAAAGUCACUACGAUCACAUGUAUCGUUGCAUGAAAGCGGGAGGGGCGUCAAAGGAAGAAGCGCACAUGGGCGCCAAAGCCGCAGCAAAACAGAUAGUGAAAUCAAUGAACGAAAUUAAGGAAGAGCAAAAAGAAAAAAAAAGCGAGAAAUCUUGCCCAAUAGAUACAAGUCAAAGCUAUUAUUUAAGCCAAAAGCUAUUGUUAAAUCAACAACAACAAACGGUUUCCCUCCUUGCUCAAGUGCCAGCUUUUAAUGGAUUAGGUUCGACGAAAUUUGAGGACUGGAUCAAACAUUUUGAUGCAGUCAUGAAUACUUCAGAGUUUGAAGAAGGCAGGAAAAUAAAGUUGCUAUGCUCUAAACUUUUUGGUUCAGGAGACAGUAGAAAAAUCUAUUUGACCGAAUAUAACAAUUGUAUUCGCAACCCUGGAGAAUCAAUUAGGGAUUAUGCUUGUCGCAUACAAAAACUUUUUUCGUUUGCUUACCCGACGAAAGAGGGUAAAUGGGUAGACCUCGAAAUGAGAGAACAGCUGAUAAUGGACAAAUUUUUGGGGGGAUUAAAAUCCAAUCUUCGAGAACGGAUGAGCUUCAAAGAAUUUAAAAAUUUAGAUAGUUUGAUAAAAGCCACGGAAAAUUGCGCGGCUGUAUUGAACGAAGCUAAAUUAGAAAGACGAAACGUAGAAUUCAUUAAUGCAGUCGCAUCAAACUCAAAUGCCAUCUCUUCAAGCGAAACAAAAGGGAAAUUGUCAGAACUAGAAGCAACGUUAAAAAACAAUCAAAAAUUAAUGAGUGAAUUGAUGCAACAAAACCAAGAAACCGCUAAACUAUUGAAUAAAGUCGUACAAGCACAGACCCAAACGAAUUUUCGCUCACAACCUGCUUUUCAGCCCCAAACCGCUUUUCAGCCUCAAUCCGUUUUUCAGUCCCAAACCGGUUUCCAGCCCCAGCCAGUAUUCCAAGCUCAAGCUGUUCUCCCAGCUCGGUCCAUUCCGCAAUCCCAACAACCACAGAACUUCCGUGAAUGUCCAGACUCGCAACCGAAACAUAAUCAAACAUACGGUCCACUCCUACAAAAUAAUGCAGGUCAAUUGAACCCGUUUGACCAGGGAAACUAA